AUGAAGGCUGAUGAAAGGACAAUCACAUCUAAUGAUACCGCCGACUUGGGUGAAGAUGGAGGAGAUACUAUAGGAAAAAUCUUGGCAAUAAGCAGCUUAACACCAAUAGCCAUUAUUGUUGGCUUUAUUACCCUAAUUCUCUUCAGACGAGAUUUACAUACAAUAAUGUUUUUUAUCGGGGCUCUAUUAAAUGAAGGACUAAACUUAGUGCUGAAGAGCGUCAUUGCUGAGCCUCGGCCUGUACUGCGAGGUGGACUCUACACAGAAUAUGGCAUGCCCUCCUCUCAUUCACAAAUGAUGUGGUUUUUUGCCGUGUACUCUGUACUCUUCUUGAUUUUCAGAGUGUAUCUGCUCUACCACUCGUGGAGUCAGGUGUUAUGGGGGGCGCUUGUGGGUGUAUUACUUGGCUGUAGCUGGUUCAUGUUGACCCAUCUGGUAUUAACGCCACUCUUCCCGGUUAUUGCAUCAUGGAGUGUGUGUGAGCGGUUCAUGAUUCGUGACACCUCCCUGAUCCCAAAUAUUCUGUGGUUUGAAUACACACAUGCCCGCACAGAAAACAGAGCAAGAAGCCGCAAACUUACCUCCAUGAAGAGCCAGUGAUUUUAAGUUGUACAUAAUUGGUCAUGUGUGGACCAACAAGUUGGCUGGCUUGCUGUUUAAUUGGUCAUGUGUGGACUGACAGGUUGGCUGGCUUGCUGUUUAAUUGGUACAAUUUAUUUUUAUAUGAAAAGCAGAUUUUUAUUUGCUAAAAUAUUUAAAUUUUCUUAAGCAAAAAUUACAGUAGAGUAAUUUUUUGAACUAAAAUUUUGACAGAUGUGGACCAACGAGUUUGUUGUUUGUGUCGAAUAGCACUUGUUAUUUUUUAUUAGUUGAGCAUUAAUUAAAAGAGUUAUGUAUGUAGAUUGGGCUUUGGUAGUGCUUGACUUGCCUCUCUUUACUAGAUAAGUUUUCCAAUUGUUGAGGGGGGUCACUUAUUUCAUUUAUAAUUUGUUUUUAUACUUCACUUUGGGUUUUGUCAUAGUGUAACUUUUAUUUAAAGACACACAAUUGCAUUUAAUAUUAGAGUUGACCAUGUACUGUAAUAUGUAGCACUACCAUUAAAAAUUGUAUUAUUAGUCCUUGUAUCUGUAUGUUGUGUACACAGCAUUUUGUCAGUGACAAAUAUAUUUAUUGUAGGUGCACAGUUGGGCCCCAACUUACAACAUUAAUUUGUUUAUUAAAAUUGAUUGCAAGUCACAUGUUCAGUGCUUAGAAUAUGUUUUCCCCACACUGUCAUGGAGUAAUCAGAGAUGUGUUCUCAAGCUGUAAUAUUCUAUAUCUAAUUUCAUUUAUUUAUUUUCAGUAGGAAUAUUUACCCAUUCUUUUUUUCAUUAGGUACUCUUACCUUUUUUACAUGUUAAUUAACUAGGAAGAGAGUUAUAGUAUAGAAUAUACAGUACAUAGGUGUAGGGCAGACUGUAACUUGAAGGGAGGGAGGGAUAGAGGGACAAGAAAGGAAGGGGCAGAGAUGUGGGUAGGUGGGUAUGCAGUAUGGGAAGGUAGUGGUGAGGGAGAGUGUAAUGUGAGGUCCCUUGCCUCGCCCACUGAACAUGUUCAGUACAUGGAGCCACUAGAUUUACAGAUCAAAUCCAAUCUCUACCAAAAAUGAACAUGAGCUCUGCACACAUGCAUAAAAAAUAUUCAAACUACCAAUGCAUUUGGCAAAUAAUAUAUUUAUAAUUUAGGCCUAAGAAAGUUAUAUUAACUCAUUCUUGAUCAGUUUUUAUAAAACAAAUAUGAGUGCUCUAUACAUGCUUAGACUAAAUAUAAGCAUAAUAUGAAUAUAUUUGGUAAAAACUAACCACCUUGAAAAAAUAAUUAAACAGUAAGAAAAAUGUAAAUAUUCAAUGUAUGAUUCUUAAGCAGUCUCUACCAAACAAAUAUGAGCUCUCUGAACAUGAAUAAAAAGAAUAUACACAGUGUGAAUGCAUUUGGUAAAAAACUAAGAAUAAUUUUUUAAAAUCAUUUAUUUAUUUACUGAAUUUGCAGUGAUCGCAACUGUAGAUCAGUGUUCAUAAGUAUUAGUUUGUUCCAUAAUUUUGAAAUGUCCUAAAUUGGAACAUUGUAAGUUGGGGCCCUACUGCACACCUGUAAGGUAUCAACUCCUAGUCUCAAUGUUAGUAGUUAAAAUUACCUUUGGCAGUUGAAAUAGACACUAAUACUGUAA